GUUUAUUAUUCCAAAGAGUACAUUUCAAGAGCACCAUUCAUAGUAAAUUUUUUUUUUUCCUUAUCACACAGAGAGCAUUUUCAACAACACAAAUUGGUGAAUUACCGUUGAAAUCUCCUUUCUUUUUAUCUCUAUUUUACUCUCUUCAAUUUUCAGAAAUUGUAUCUAUGAUAUCCGUCUGUUAUCUCUUCGUCGCACGAUCAAAUCUCACUCUGGGAUCAGUUACGGUUAAUUUAUCUCAACAUUCAUCUGCUUUGUAAUUACUUGAAGGCAACAUCUGGGAAAAGAACCGAUUUGGAUGGUGAAAAGGCAUUCUCCACUAAAUUUUACUGGAUAAAAUCGCGCAAAGGAAUAUGUCCUAUAGUAAUCAAAUAACUGAUUUGGAAGCAGACCAGCGAAGUCAAGAUGUCCAUCCGGAGCCUUGUGCUUUUUACCGGAGCUUAACAACUUUUCCGCAGCCUAAUGUCCAUGCAAUAUUACCAGCUCCUGGAAAUGCUGGUAAUUUCUAUUUGCACCAUCCACAAGACUGUCAAGAGGGUGCAUUAAUUUAUGGGAUGUCGCAGUACAAUGGGGUUCAAUAUCAACAUCCUGCCUCCAAUUUCGACCCAGCCAUUGCUUCAUCGACAAAUCAUUAUAACCAUUACGUAGCUGCUCCAUCUGCUUCUAGAGAUCUCCAGGUUGCAGUAAACCAUGGGCAACAUGAGUGGCUUCCAUUUUCAAGCACUCAAGGCACCUCUGGAAUUAAUGUAGACAGUUAUGGAAGGAACAAUAUUUAUGUCGACAGUGUCAGAGGCUUGUUUAAGAGAAAGAAUGCUGAAGGGAUUCCCGUGAAUUUUCAGUAUCAGCAUGCCUUGGUAGGCUCCAGUUCUUCUCUUGCCCCAAUGGGUGCUGCAUCGUUUAUACCACCUGAGUACAGAGGAAAUGACUUAUCAUCGUUCAUCGAAGAUGGAGCACUGAGAAGUGUGAGGGACAGGUCUGGUGCUAGUGGUCCAGAUAAUGUAUUAGGACACAACAACAAUGAUCUGCUUCAAGGAAACUAUGUCGGCCAAGCCUGUCAAUUUCCUGGAAAUUAUUGGUCAGGCUUGCAGUUCAACAGCAGCGCUAGAGAGACUGAAUAUUGGGCCUGGAAUCGUAGUGCUCGUCUACCUUAUCUGCCUGGUGAUACUCGAGGUUGUGAAGAUGGUGGAAACUUCAGUAUGCGAGGUUAUCAAGUAACAGCCGGCAAUGGAGGUUUGACUAGUUUUCUGCACCCAUCCGUUCCUCAAGGGCACCCAAACCUUUGUCAUUUGCCCCCAAAUGUCCAAGGAGUGAGACCCCACAUUAUCACCCUCCCUCCACAAAUGACUGCUUCUUCACACAGACACCUCCCGAGUAGCUCGUUGAACAGCUCUAUCAAUCCAUUCGCCCUUGUGGAAGCAGGGCCUAGAUAUAUUAGACCAUUCCCACCGACUGGGUUUAGGUUGUACAGGCCUCAACAAGGAGAAUUUAUGCAUGAAACAAAUGUUAGACAUCACAACCUACCUAACAUGAGAGUUCUUCCUGAAGAUGGAGUGGCAAUGUUGGAUAUUCCUGGCUACCAUGAAGUGCGUGAUCCUGCUGAUCAGCACGGAGAGAUGCGUAUGGACGUAGAUCACAUGUCUUAUGAGGAGCUUCUUGCAUUGGGAGAGCAGAUUGGCACUGUAAAAAUCGGGUUAUCAGAGGAGGUCAUUGUUAGCCAUUUGAAAACAAGAUCAUUUUCAUCAUCGGUAACUCCUUGCAAUUUGGAAAGGGCUGCAUGUUCGGAUCACAAGACUGAUUUCUGUGUCAUAUGCCAGUCUGAUUACGAUGAUCAAGAGAGCAUCGGGACACUUAAGUGCGGACAUGAGUAUCAUGCAGAUUGCGUAAAGAAAUGGUUGAUUAUGAAGAACAAUUGUCCCAUCUGCAAGUCCACAGCAUUGUUGACGAAAGGAAAGGAUUUGUGAAAGCAAGCGAUAGAUGGUCACUGGAUCUAUCAUUGAAAAGAACGAUGAUUUUUGUUUUCUUGCUAUGUAUUUAUUCGGGUUCCUGAAACUGUACUAUAUUUUUGUACAUACUCGGCAGGGUAUGGCGAAUGGUCAACCUGUCCAGAAACAUCUUUAUUGGCGCUAUCUCUAUCGCCUGAAAUUGUACAGAAACCUCUAACUUUUGUCUGUCGCCUGAAGUUGUACAGAAAGUCAGAAACCUCCAAUGGGAAUGUCAUUUGAUCUUCUUUUCUUCAACUA